AUGCAUCGCGCACUGCGCGCGCCGGCCCGGAGCAUCGCUGGGCGCGUGCUGCCGCGGUGCCGACAUUCGCUCGUAGAAUCCCUGCGACCGGCUUCAGCCGGCCUGGCCAGGGCAUCUCGUUGGUCGAGGGCCUUCUCGACGGAAACUCACGAGUUCAAGGCUGAGACAAAGAAGCUUCUCGACAUUGUAGCCAAAUCCUUGUACACGGACAAGGAGGUUUUCAUAAGAGAGCUGAUCUCCAACGCAUCGGAUGCGUGUGAAAAGCUCCGAUUUUUGCAGGGAACACAACAGAUCAAGGAUGUCAAUGACGCAGACGUCCCGCUUCAGGUUACCCUCAGUGUGAGCGAGAGCGACAGGAAAUUCAUCAUCGAAGAUUCAGGCAUCGGCAUGACACACGAUGAGCUAACAUCCCAAGAAGUUGCUCUGCUGCUCCAGCCUCUCCUCGAAGACUGGAAGAGCGAACCGAAGCUCGCCACAAGCACGUUGAAGAACUUAGGCGCCGAUGCUGCUUGUUUUGAGAAGAUCUUUGGGGCAAUGAGUGCUUUCAGAUUGGAGAUGAUGGCGCAAUACUUCAACGUUGCCAUCGGCAGCUUCGGAAGAGCGCGCGGUCGCUGGGACCAGGCCCUGGUGAUCCUGCGGACAAUGAGCCUCUCGGAGGUUUUGCCCAGUGCAGUGAGCUACACGAAUGCCAUCAAUGCUUGCCGGAAAGCCGUUGGAAAGUGGACUCUAAGUUUACAUCUGCUUUGGCAGGCGCUAGAGUCCAGACUCUCUCCGGAUGUAGUGUUGUUCGGUGCUGCUAUGAACGCUUGUGCCGGACAUGGCAUGUGGGAAGCAGCUCUUUGCAUCUUGUCGGACAUGCGUCGUCACCAUGUUGAACCUGGUGUCGUAGGAUACAACAUCAUGUUGAGCGCCUUAGACAAAGGUGGAAAGUGGAGAAAGGCACUGGAGCUGUACUUCAACCUAUCUUCUCAUGGCAUACUUGCCAAUGCUGUAUCGACCAAUACAGCCAUUGCAGCCGCAGCUCGGAACUCGCAGUGGCAAUCGAUUCUGGACGUAUUGGCUCGCAUGCCGGGUUUGGGUCCCGCUUCUGCUGAUGCAGACACCUUCGCGAGCUCCCUACAGGGUUUGGCAAAGGCCUGGCGCUGGGAAGAGGCGACGUCCUUGCUCACUGCUCGCAUGUCGUCGAAAGUGAAAGUAAGUCUCAGUGUCCUUGAGAUCAGUGCUGCCAUGACAGCCUGCUCCAAGAGCAGCAAGUGGGAGUGGGCUUUAAGCCUACUGGGUGAUGCCCAAACGAUAAACGCAGAGGAUGGUCCACUGUACACUACAGCCAUUACUGCAUGUGGACGCUCCACGAAGUGGAAGGUCUCCCUUUUACUGCUUGCAGAUGUUUUUGCACAACGACUUCCUGCUGACAUUUUCACAUACACGGCAGCUCUUGCAGCAUGUGAAGGAGGUUCUUGGCAGCAGUCCAUAUGCAUGCUUUCCAACCUGAGGCAAAGUCGCUUACAUGGGACUGUCUUGACCUACACGUCUGUCACGAGGGCUUGCGCCAGUGCGGAGCAGUGGCAGAGUGCACUAUCAUUGUUAACAGAGCUUCGGGAUGAGGCGGUUGAGCCUGAUGUUGUGCUUUGCACCUCCCUGGCGUGUGCAUGCACAGCCGGUGGUCAUUGGCGCAAAGCGUUACAUCUUUUCCUGGAGAUGCAGCUCCAGCGAAUUAAAGCUGAUGGGCCUGCCGUAAAUGCAGCUAUUGCUGCCUGUGACAAGGGUGGGGACUGGCGGAGAGCGCUGCAGUUCUUUGCUGACUUCUCUUGUGAACGCAACCAGAGCACGUGCACUGCUGCAAUCAGUGCUUGUAGCGAUUCUCAGCAGUGGCAGCAGGCGCUGCAUUUGCUGAAGCUGUGGCAGGAUGAUGACCGGGGUGGAGGUCCUCCGCUGGCAUCUGCAUGCUUGCCGUGCACGGCAGCCGUGUCUGUGUGUGGACGAGCCAAGCAGUGGGAACAUGCACUUGCACUUCUGGACAGCAUGUCCCAGGCUUCUGUCGCAGACACCGCCAUGUUCAAUGCAGCCAUAAGCGCGACCGGACACGUGCAGUGGCAGCUUGCCCUGGAAGUGUUUGCCAGACUUACACGGCCGUGGUCAGAUGUACCUCCAGAUGCCACAUCCUACUCAGCAACUAUGCAUGCUUGCACUGAGGCUUCUCAAUGGAGCACAAGUAUUCUGUUGUUGGAAGCGUGUUUGAAAACGACCGUUGAAACAAGUGUGCCUCUGUUAAAUACGGCCAUCAGUGCAUGGGGGCGAUGUGCUGCAUGGCAGGCUGCUUUGUCUCUCAUGGCACAGCUGCAAGGGCAGCACCUCGAGUGUAAUGAGAUCACGCAGAGUGCGCUUAUACACGCAUGUGGAUGCAGUCUGAGGUGGAACGCAGGUCUCCAGAUCUUGGAAGCGACGCGAGCCUGUGACUUAAGAGCGAACAGUGUGACGUUUGGUGCCAUCGCCUACUCUGGCUACCGGAGCCAGAUGUGGCACCUUGCUGUCAGCGUCCUUGGAUCUAUGUGCAAUGCAGAGAUGCAGCCGUCCCUUACAACAUACGACUAUGCCCUGCUCGCCGCAGAGGGUGCUGGGCAGAGGGAGCAAGCUUUGCAGGUGCUGUUUACAUCAGAAGAGCAGCGGAACCCGCAAAGCUUCUUAUGGGCAGUGGCCACUCUUCGCACCUCAGAUCCAGUGGUGAUCCAUGCGGCUUGCAAGGAGGUGCUGACAGAGCUCUGCAAGCUGGACGAGGUGGCAGAUAUCGACAGCAAGACGCUUUCAAGGACUUGGUUGUCUGUUGGAUUACUGGGUGCGCGCGGCCCUGCGUUUGAGAGAGUAAUGCUCCAGCAAGCUGUGGUGCAACUUCGCUCUUUCUCCUCAGAGGAGCUGAGCAUGAUCUCUGCAGGUGCUUCUAUGACGGGAGCUUUUGGUUUCCUCGACCUUCUGCAGGAGGAACUCACAACUCGUGCAAGCUUUACUGGAGAAGCAUUGAAUGACAUGUCUUUCAGUGGCGCCAUGGAAGUCCUGGGCAUCCUCUUCUAUUGCAGAAGUGUCGGGUGCCUACGUGCCACGUCUUACUCGGUCAUUCAGAGGAUGAUGAGGAGCCUUGGACGGCUGCUGGAUGCUUCCAACUUGCACCGUUCUCCUGGUACCGGGACAUGGAAUCCGGAGCAUGCUGAGGCAUCGAGCGAGCAACCUCGAGUGGCUCUCAGCCUCGCAGACCGCUCUGUGGUGCACAAGCCGGCUGGCUGGGAGGUGUAUGGGGCGCACGUGAAGCUGCAGCUGCUGGCCUUCGUGCAGGGCAUGUUUGGUCGUGCACCCAUCUUCCAGGAUCCGGGACACAACUCUGGCUUUCUGCAUCGCCUGGAUGUGCCGAGCUCCGGGUUGAUCUUGGUGGCAAAGACCUACGAGGCCUUCUAUGACCUUCAAACCCAGCUGCACGCUGGCGAGGUGGGUCGGGACUACACGGUCCUGUGCCACGGCUGGCUUCCGAGUUCUGUCAGGGAGAUAAGCGCCAGCACCUGGUGUGAGGAUGAUCGCCCGACUCUGUGUGGUGGUCGGGGAAAGCCGAGUGCCACACAAGUUUGCGGUCACAGCCACUAUUUGCAUGAGGUUGGAGCCUUGAGCAAGGUCCUCCUGGGCAUUGCAACGGGUCGCAAACAUCAGAUACGUAGUCACAUGGCUCACAUUGGCCACCCGACUGUUCGUGAUCGGACCUACGCGGGCAAGACAACGUUCAACUUUGAUGUCCUGCUAUGCUCGCGGAAUUGGCUGCAUCGCCACCGGCUUCGAUUUCGCGACCUGCAGGGCCGAAAGUCGGACAUUUGGAGCCAUGUGCCAAAAGACCUGGAGGCAUCCUUAGAACGCGCAACGGUGAUCAGAUGCCUACUUACUGGCCACGGGUCACCCAGGCAGUGGGGAGUGUGCCUGGAAGUCCUGCGUCAGUUCAGUCUGACCGGAUGCGUGGAUUCGUGGUCUUUGGUGAUCACCUACGGUGCUUCAAUCAGUGGCUGUGCUGGUUCAUGGCGCUGGCGGACUAGCCUGUCUUUGGCCAGGACCUUGCAGCAUGCAGCUUUGCAGCUAAACACAGUCAUUUGCAAUGCCUGCAUUAGCACUGCUCAGAAGCGGGGACAGUGGCAGCAGAGUUUGGCGAUGCUUGACCAGAUCGCAGAAGCAACCCUUGAGGCAGAUGUAUUCAGCUGCGGUGGUGCCAUUGGUGCAUGUGAGAAGAGCGGCCGGUGGUACAGUGCUCUGUUGCUGCUCGAGGACUUGGAGUUGAAGGCGCUCCAAGCAAACAUUGUCACCUUCAGCGCAGCUCUGAGUGCGUGCGCUCGCGAUGGAAAGUGGCAGCAAGGUCUGAUCACAGAGAUGCAGCAGCGUCAAAUACAGCCAAGCACCAUCACCUACAACGCUUUAAUCACCUCGUGCCAUGCAGGUCAAGCGUGGCAACGUUCCUUAGCCUCCUCCGAGGAACUCCGAAGAAACCAGCUGUAUCAAAGCGUAGUAACGAUUGGUGCUGUCGGCACUGCAGCUCGGGGUAGUAUGCAGUGGCAGCAGUCCUUGAGAAUUCACAGUCAAUUUGGAGCACAUGCGUUGGAUAAUAGGGUCUUGCAUACAUCUGCAGUGCUUGCCUGUGCUGGCAAAGACCAGUGGCAAUUGGCUUGCCAGUUGCUGUCAAUGCUGCAUGCAAGCUUCGUGCGGCUUGGGACGGACGUUUGCAAUGCGUGCAUCACAACAUUGGGCAGACCGUCGCUGUGGCAACACGGUGCAAUUGUCUUUUCACUGCUGCAGCAUGGGACACUUCCAGCUGACUUAGUUCGCUGCAAUGUGAUGCUGGACGGCUUCGAGAAGUCUGGAAUGUGGCAACGUGCCCUCUGCAUCUUAGGGAUCGUGGCAAUGGCACGCCUUCUGCCCGACAUGGUCACCUGCACCUCCAGCAUCAGCGCCUGUGGAAGGGCAGGUUGCUGGCUGCACUCUGCGCUCAUCUUGCAGCAGUUGGGUGAUUUGGGUCUUCAAAGCAACAUCAUCUUGUACAAUGCCGUGACAGCUGCUUGGGAGAGGAGCCACCAGUGGGAGCUUUCAAUGAGAGCCAUCGGCCUCAUGCAUCACAAGCGACUCGGACAUUCCGUGAAUGCUUUUGACUCAGCAAUGCUUGCCUGCCAGCACAGCGGACGCAUCGACCUUGCUUGGCAGCUGUGCCGCGACUCCGAAGCGUUUCGAUCUCCCAUCUCUUUCCUUUGGUCCCUGGCGUCACUGGGUGUUUCUGAUCCGACGGUAAUCAACGCUGCGUGUGAGUCGGCUGCUCUGUGUGAAGUGGAGGAAGUGCCAUAUCUUAUGUGGUCUUGCGCGGUUCUGGGUGUGGAACCAAGUCCGCAUCUUCGCCGGUUCUUAAGGCGCUCACUUGCCUCUCCAAAGUUCCUCGCGUUGGAAAUGCAAGCCGUGAGCAUGGCCGUGUAUGGUGCUAGUGUGCUGCGCGGCAGCGCUUUGGAGUUUCUCAGCCGAGUACAGGAGGCACUGCGAGCGCGCUUGCACUCAGAGGCAGGCAUUGAGCUUGAGCGACUCGCGUUCCAUCGCACGGAAGGCCAGGAGCUGCUGGGCAUCUUGUUUUCCUGCAGUCUUGCCGGUGCCUUGCGAGCAGGGUUCCGAGAGGCUGUGGCUUGCAAGCUACAGGAUGUGGCUGUGGCUUUCGAUCGAUGUCGAUUUCAAUCUCGUGUCUGCAACGACCCAGAAAACCAGACUACUGCUAGCUGGCAAAGAGCGAGCCGAAACCGACAGAAUCCUGAAAUCUCGGCCGAGACACGGGACCGCUCUGUGGUGCACAAGCCGGCUGGCUGGGAGGUGUAUGGAGCGCACGUGAAGCUGCAGCUGCUGGCCUUCGUGCAGGGCAUGUUUGGUCGCGCACCCAUCUUCCAGGAUCCGGGACACAACCAUGGCUUUCUGCAUCGCCUGGAUGUGCCGAGCUCCGGCUUGAUCUUGGUGGCAAAGACCUACGAGGCCUUCUAUGACCUUCAAACCCAGCUGCACGCUGGCGAGAUGGGUCGGGACUACACGGUCCUGUGCCACGGCUGGCUUCCGAGUUCUGUCAAGGAGAUAAGUGCCAGCACAAUCUGCUUGACGGAUGCUCCGACGGUGGCCGGAGGUCGUGGGCGGAAGAGCGUCACGCAUCUUCGGAUCUGUGAACACUACGCAGUGGGCACGAGCACUCUCAGCCGAGCACAUGUCAGCAUUACGACGGGAAGGAAACACCAGAUUCGUUGCCAUAUGGCGCACGUGGGUCACCCCAUUGUUCGAGACAAAGUCUACACAAGUUUUCGCACCUUCCAGGAGGAUGCCGCAUUUUGCACGCGCAAUUGGCUGCACCGAUUCCGGCUCUCAUUCACGGACGCAGAGGGUGUCGAGCAUCUGGGCACCAUCGCAAAGAGCGGUUCCCUAGAUUUCCUUCAGCGUGGAGAAUCUGACGCGAGCAAGAUCAUUGGGCAGUUUGGAGUGGGCUUUUACUCCACGUUCGUGGUGGCAGACAAGGUGGAGGUUUACACUAAGACGGCUGACAAGGAGAAGGGUGCACAGGGCUACCUGUGGACUUCAGACGGUUCUGGCAGUUUCACUGUCACCGAAGUGGAGGAUGUGCCUCGCGGCACCCGCAUAGAGCUAACCCUCAAAGAUGAUGCCACCGAGUUUGCCAAGUUGGCAACGGUGAAGAAGUCUGCCCAGAAGUUCUCUUCUUUCAUUGACUUUCCAAUCAACAUCCGCGAGGAUGGAGAUCCAAAGCCGAUCAACAAGCAGGAGGCUCUGUGGAUGAAGAGCUCAGCGACAGAGGAGCAGCACCUGGAGUUCUUUCGUUUCCUCAGUGGCAACUCCUACGGAAAGCCAUACUACACUUUGAUGUAUCAGACGGACGCUCCACUGUCCAUCAAAAGCUGUUUCUAUGUCCCGGAUCCUGACAAUGCCCCGAGCAGGGUGUUCACCAAGGAUCCCGAAAUAGGUAUUUCGCUGCAUUCGCGGCGAGUCAUGGUCAAGAAGCAUGCAGAUGGCGUCAUCCCGAAGUGGCUUCACUGGAUGAAGGGAAUUGUGGAUUGCGAGGACAUGCCCAUGAACAUCAGCCGAGAGAACAUGCAAGACACCCGCCUGAUGGAAAAGCUCAGCAUGGCGGUUGUGAGGCGGGUUCUCAGAUUCCUGCAGCAGGAGGCCAAGAAAGACUCGGAGAAGUACAACAAGUUCUUCAAGGGCUACUCUUACUUCCUGAAGGCCGGCAUCAUCGAGGACAAAGAAGGAAACUUCAGCCGCCACAAGGACGACCUCCUGAAGCUCUUGCGCUUCGAGUGCUCCAACAAGCCCAAGGGUGAGUUGGUUUCCUUGGAGGAGUACAUGAACAUGGCGAAGGAGGGACAGCAGAACAUUUACUACUUCUGCUGCCCUGACCGGCAAACCGCACUGUCGUCUCCGUACAUGGAACAGUUCGUGCAGAGGCAGCGGAAUGUUCUUCUCCUGUACGAGGACAUCGACGAGUUCGUGGUCAACGCGAUUGAGGGCUUCAAGGACAGCAAGUUCGUGUCCGUGGACUCGGCUGACAAGAACUUCGAGCUGGACUUGGAUAAGCCUGAGGAGGAUGAGAAGGAGGACAGGAGAGAGCUCACUGAGCAAGAAAAGGAAGCGAUGCAGAAGUUCAUCAGAGAUGUGCUGAAAGAGAAGGUGCAGGAAGUUAAGUUCUCGGACCGCCUUGUGAACUCCCCAGCGCUGGUGACCAGCAUCAUCACACCGCACAUGCGCAAGAUGAUGAAGAGCCUGAUGGCUGGCAAGGAGAACGAUGGUCUGGGCAACAUCCCAAUGACACUGGAGCUCAGCCCGAAGCAUCAUAUCGUCACGACGCUGGCGACGAUCCUGGCUUCCAAUGAGCCAGUCGCGCGCAUUGCGGUGGAGCAACUCUACGACAAUGCUUGCAUUGCCGCCGGCACGCUCGACGACCCGCGCGUGCUGAUGUCCAGAUUGAACAAGGUGCUUGAGAUGUUCAUCUACCAGGGUGCCGGUUUUGAUUAUGCCACGGGUCAGUACCAUCUGCCCGCACCACCCACACCACCCGGUUUGCCGAAGGCAGACGAGGCCCAGCCCGCUGCCGAGGAGACUCCACGAGAAAGUGCUAAGGACAGCACUGUUAGCGGUUCUGGCACCUCCUCCAAGUUCGAGGAGAUCAAGCCAGGAAGCUCGCCGUAG